CCUCACACCAUUUGUUUUGACCCUUUUAAAAAUGGCAGUUCUGUGCACAACAUUCCGUGUGAAUGUUUUCGUUAUAGUGAUAAACAAAGUGCAAUUUUAAAAUUAAAUACUUUUAGUAGUUAUUUGAAAUUGAUACGUUUUUAAACAUACAUUGUGAUUUUAGGAUAUACAGUCAAUAUGAGGAUAAACGCAACAAGGAUGACAACUCCAAUCGAAGAAAAGGUUGAUCAGAAGCUCAAGAUCAGGACUGGUAUGGUGACGGUCAGCGAUGGAAAAAGCAGACCGGUUCCCGUAUUACUGCAUCUAUCCAUGGAGGUGCUCCGUUUGCAGAAAGAGGAAAUUGUUCCACCGGAAACAAAACCGCAAAACGCCAAGGAGCGAAUGGUACAAGUACGGAGACACAAAGUAGGAGGUUUGGGAUUAAGCAUCAAAGGCGGUGCUGAACACAAACUUCCCAUCCUCAUAUCGAAAAUCUACAAAAGCCAAGCGGCAGACGAGACUGGAGAGCUUUUUGUUGGCGACGCCAUCAUUAAAGUCAAUGGCGAGUAUAUAACGGCUUGUCCACACGAUGACGCCGUGAAUAUAUUGAGGAACGCCGGAGAUUUAGUAGUAUUAACUGUAAAGCAUUACAAAGCAGCCACACCAUUUUUACAAAAAGGUAAGCUUAGCAACCAACUGGAGUCACAUCAAUUAACUUUCAAUCUUGCAGAGGAGAAAGACAAAGACUCACAGCAGACUGACAGUAACAGUGAGGACAAAGAAGCAUCGGAUGAGAGCUUACGCCUAGCGACGAACAGCACAAGUAGCAGACCUAGUUCAAUAUGUUCAGAGUCCGAACAAGAACCGCCACAGACCCGUUGGGUGGACAUAGUAACCGUACCCUUAAUGAUGGCGUACGUGACGAGGUACAUAUUUGGAACUGACAAACUCAGACCAAGUGCUUUCGAAGUUCGUGGUCUUAACGGCAUUAGCACCGGCAUCAUUCAUUGCGACGAUUCCGCUAUUUUGUCCCAAUGGCUGAAGUUUAUCACUGACAAUAUUAUCGGACUGACCAAUCUUCAAAUGAAGCUGUACAACAGAAACUUUAGUGUAUCGGAUCGAAUUGAGUACAUGGGUUGGGUCAACGAAGGUGUCCUUAACAACAAUCAACCGUGGCAAAAUUAUAAACCGCGAUUUUUUGCUCUUAAGGGCACCGACUUGAUGCUAUUUGACUCACCACCGCUCAACGUUUUAGACUGGGGCAAAUGUCCGAUAAUGUUUAAAGUUUAUCAAACCAUGUUCAGGGUUGUAAAAGAAUCCGAGAACGUAGAUGAACGACAGCACUGCUUUUUAGUCCAGACUUCAGGACAAGACUCUAGAUAUUUUUCAGUAGAGACUAGACAGGAAUUGUUGAGAAUUGAAAACGCCUGGCACUGCUCAGUUUGCACUGCUGUUAUGAAACUUGGCAAUAAGACUUUCACAGUCAGCAGUAAUGGUAAAACUGCUGGUUUGACUUUGGAUUGGAAUCUUGGGUUUUCACUACAUGAAGGUGACUCCAAAACUCCUCUUUGGCAAUACAAGUUUUCCCAAUUGAGGGGCUCCUCGGAUGAUGGAAAGUCCAAGCUUAAGCUACAUUUCCAGGAUACCGAGUCCAAAGCUAUCGAAACAAAGGAACUUGAAUGUUCGAUCCUCCAGAGUUUGCUGUUCUGUAUGCAUGCGUUUCUUACAGCUAAAGUAGCAUCGGUGGAUCCUGGUUUUCUAUGCUCCACUAUACCUUAAACCACUGAAUUAGAAUACAAUUAUUUAAGUAACGCAAGAAUUAAUUAUCUCUCAAGACUGUCCGUCUUGAAAAUAGUUUCAGCUGCACAUGGCUUUUGUUUAGAUGAAUUGUUCGUGGAUACAAAUUUGUGUAAACAGGGUUUAGUUGGAUAUUGUUGCUAGUUAUACUGACGGCGAGUCUAUUGUUAAUUGAAUUUAGAGACAGCCGGUAUUAUUUUAAAUCACGCUGGUGAUUUUGGACUAAAAUAGUAUAAGAUUACUUUGACCAGUUGUGAAGGUGCCUGAAAUUAUUUUAAGGAGAUUACUAAAAAUUUUUGUCGGUAUCUUGUAUAGAAUGCACAAAAUCUGCGAUGCACUAUGAUUUUUUUCUAUAUGUAUAUGACAUGUUCCUUAUGAUAUUAUAACCUUAUUAGGUAGAUAUAUUUAUUAUAUACAUUUUUUAUUGAGUAUCUAUAUUUUUAGGUUCUAUCCAUCAAAGAGUACCUAAAAAUGUUCUGGUGUAGAAUUUAGGUACUUUUUGUAAAUAGAAUAAACUGUUAUAGGAUUUUAAGACAAAAAAUGGCACAGAAAAACGAAAACUAGAUGUAAAAUCGAUUGCUACAGAUUAUAAGUCCCUUAAUAGUUUCCAGUUCAUUGAAAAUACAUCAAUUUCACACACAAUGCAUGCAAAAUACCAGAGCAUAUUUUCAAUGAACUUAAGGCCGAUUUAUAGAUUGUUUAAUCAUAAAUUGUUGAACCUUAAAGCACCGUGGAAUCUAUUGAGGUCAACUUCAGUCUAACAGCUGCAACAGUCUCUAAAUUGGUCUUUAGACUAGCACUCACUAAGUAGAAGAAUCAGUACGUAAAAUGUAACUGUGGUAAGAAUACAAUAUAGUACACUCGACAUUUGUUAAUAUGUAAAAAAACAAUAGUCUAAAUAAUUCAAUUAAGUUAGCAAUAAGUGUUCUAAAAUAUUCUAACUCUGUACUCGGUAAUGAUGAUUGUACAUGUCCUUGAAGUAAAUAUAAUCUAGAUUUCUUUCUUCAGAUCAUUCUACACUGUAUAAACUUAUAACAAAUUUUGAUGUUAGCUAUUAAUGCGUGCAAUAUUUGAUGUUUUUCUCUGUCACAGCCAGAUUGAAAGUGAUCGUCAUAAAAUCUAGUCUUCAGAUGAAUGUAAGUUUAUAUUAGAGGUAGAAUGAUCCACUACAAGUAGCUUCCAAACUGGAACUUCUCUCUUUGAAACUAUUGAAAUGUCAAUGUGUCAAUUUUAGGACUAAAAUGAGUUUUAGUUAUUGAAAAAGUGAUCUCUUUUGAGAAAUGUAUUUAUUGUUGAUUACUGUUAAUGAUAUCAUUUAGAUUUGAAGUGAGAAUAUAUAUUAUUGUUAAUUAGUUAAAAAUAUAAAUUUGGAUGAUGUGCAAUAGCAUUAGCACAUGGUGAAUCAUCGAAAAUAUAUCAUAAAAACCUACAUGUUCAAUGCAAAAUUAUUUUUGGUUAAUGCUUGGUCACAUAUCAAUCAUGGGGGAUUUACCGUGUGUUACGUUUUGCAACGUACCUUUUUUGCUUAUACCAAAAAAAAAAAAAACAUGAGAAAACGGUUGUGAAUUGUUAUUAUUUGAAACUAUCGAACUAUAUAAGUUAGCUUUACAUUAUAUAUGUACACAAGCCGUAAGUUUAUAGAGUUAAUUUAGUGAAGACCAAAACAUGUUUUUAAUUCUAUAGUUAUUAAUCGUUGACAAUAUGAAUAAAUUUAUUUAGUACCUUGA